UUUUUAAUCUAUACCACGUAUAUCAAAGAUUUGGAUAAUAAUAAGCUUGCAACACCAACUUCUUUUCGUUGUCAAGCAAGAUGGCGGAUCAGACAGAGAAAGCGUUUCAGAAACAAUUGACCGUCUUCCUGAACAGGAAGGGGGGCAUGAAAAGGAAGGACAUGCGACACAGUAAGAAUGUCGGGCUAGGUUUCAAGACACCUCGUGAGGCGAUUGAAGGCACGUACAUCGACAAGAAAUGCCCGUUCACCGGCAACGUGUCCAUCCGUGGUCGUAUCCUCACCGGAGUUGUCCAGAAGAUGAAGAUGCAGCGCACGAUCGUCAUCCGCCGCGACUACCUCCACUACCUGCCCAAAUACAACAGGUUCGAGAAGCGACACAGGAAUAUGUCCGUGCAUCUGUCGCCUUGUUUCAGGGACGUGGAAAUCGGAGACAUCGUCACCAUCGGCGAAUGCAGGCCGCUCUCCAAGACCGUCAGGUUCAACGUAUUGAAGGUUUCCAAAGGCAAGGGAUCCAAAAAAUCCUUCAAGAAGUUCUAAUAAACUUAUGUUAUAAGUAA